AUGACGAAAGCCUCACAGAGAUCCACAUGCAGCGAUAGCACUGGCAGGCCGGAAGAGAUGUCCGAGGAGGAAUGUAGCUGGUGGCUGAGCGAUGACCUCUCUCAAAUUACCGGUGGCACUACAAGGCACUCGGUGAGCAAGGCUCUGCAGGAGAACCAAAAGCGCGGCAGCAUGGACUCGAAACGUGACUGCAUGCGCCAAGUUUCUCACAGGAAGCCGGCGAGCAAUCCGAGCGUUGUCGAUAUCGCAGCUGUGCCAUUUAUGAUCGUGAUCGUCUUCUUGAUCUGUGUCUUUUUGCCGAUGGCGUCUUGGAUAACACCACCUGGAUGCGAGGGCCCGCGGUGGCGGUACAGCUGA